CGACGAGGACAUCGACAAGACAAUCUCGAGAUCAUCGACGAUAUCGACUUGGCCUUUCAAAUUUUGUUGUCGUUCGACGACGACGACGACGAAAUUGAAACAAUAUCAAUUGGUAACCAUCAAAGCAGCAACGGUUACCAGCUGCGAUGAGCCAUCGACACACACCUUCGAGUACUACUCCGCAGCAUAAUUCACGGCGGCAAAGUAAAAUCACUAUUGAAUAUCAUCGACCUUCAAGAGAAUCAAUUCAAGAAUAUACAGAUCUAAUACACGAAUCAACUUACAAAGAUCCUUAUUCUUUGACUCCUUCUCGUUCUGCACCACCACCACCACCACCACCACCACCGACUCGUACCAAAACCCCAGUAGACCCUUCUUCUCCUCGAGUUCGCAAUAGUCUUCAAAAGAGGACUAGGAAACAUAGCCUUUCAUCUACACCACCACCAGAUCCUUUCGCAGCAGCACCGAUCAAACAAUCAAACAUGAGUCCAAAUCCACCUCCUCGCCCAAGUAGGGCAAAUACUGCAACUCUAAACGACAUCUUUACAAACAACAGUCCAAUCGCAACUCGCCGUCUAUCAGUACCGAUCACAGAUACUCCUUACACUUCAGAGCCAGUAGAUAUCCUACCCGAUCUACCCUCAAUCUCCAGUACAAGUUCUCGCAGUCGCAGUGGCACUACUGUAAAACUCAAAAAGGGUGGCAUGCUAGGCGGCAUGUUCGACUUCCUUGCUCCUUCAAAGCGUCCAGAGAUCAGCACUCCCUACGAUCCCGUUCACCUCACCCACGUCGGUUUCAACUCUUCCACCGGCGAGUUCACAGGUCUCCCAAAGGAAUGGCAGCAGCUACUCCAAGAAUCCGGUAUCAGUAGGAGCGAGCAGGAAAAGAAUCCCCAGGCUGUCAUGGAGAUCGUAAAGUUUUAUCAAGAAGGAAGAGGCGAUGUGUGGGACAAGAUGGGUGCUGUGGGUGUCGAACAAUCCACCGCCGUUAAUGACGGCUUCGUCAAUCCGCGCACAGCCCCUCCACCACCCAAAAAACCUACUCCUUCCCCAUCCACCCCUUACGCCCCAUCACCCGCCACAACCCCAGUCCGCGCAGCCCCUCCCCUCCCCGCCGCCGCAUUAGACCGCAGCACAUCCCAACGCGCACCCCCCAAAGCAUCCAAAUCCCAAGACCUGGGACGAUCAAAUACAACCGCUGCAGCCCGGGUCCGAUCCCCCAGCAUCGGCGCCAGCCAAACCGAUCUCAGCACCAAAGGUCAAAGAGACCGCGAACGUGAACGGGAUCGCGACCGCGAGCGAGAACGUGAAAGAGAUCGCGACCAACCCAAGCCCGCACCACCCCCUCCCCAACCCCCAACCCUCGCAAAGCAAACCGGCAUCGCCACCCCGCGUCGCAGGGAGAAGAAAGGUGGCGGUGACAAGGAGGAUGAUAUCAUCAAGCGCUUGCAGCAGAUAUGCACGGAUGCAGAUCCGACCAAGCUAUACCGGAACCUCAUCAAGAUCGGGCAGGGUGCUUCUGGUGGCGUGUACACAGCAUACCAAGUAGGCACCAAUCUAUCGGUGGCGAUCAAGCAAAUGGACCUCGACAAACAACCCAAGAAAGACCUCAUCAUUAAUGAGAUCCUCGUCAUGCGCGCUUCUAGACACCCAAACAUCGUAAACUACAUCGACUCCUUUCUGCACAAGAACGAUCUUUGGGUCGUGAUGGAGUACAUGGAAGGAGGAAGCUUGACGGAUGUCGUUACUGCCAAUCUCAUGACAGAAGGUCAGAUUGCAGCGGUGAGCAGGGAGACGUGCCAGGGAUUGGAACAUCUCCACCGCCAUGGCGUUAUCCAUAGGGAUAUCAAGAGCGAUAACGUGUUGUUGAGUCUUGGGGGAGAUAUCAAGCUCACGGACUUUGGGUUCUGCGCGCAGAUCUCAGAUCCUGCAAACUCGAAGCGCACGACGAUGGUAGGCACACCUUAUUGGAUGGCUCCGGAGGUGGUGACGAGGAAAGAGUACGGGCCAAAGGUUGAUAUCUGGAGUUUGGGAAUCAUGGCCAUCGAAAUGAUCGAAGGCGAACCCCCAUAUCUCAACCAAAACCCACUGAAGGCGCUCUACCUCAUCGCUACAAACGGAACGCCUACCAUCGCGAACCCCGAAGCGCUCUCGUCGGUGUUUAGCGAUUAUCUCGCAAAGACGCUAGAAGUGGAUGCUGAGAAACGGCCUACGGCGAGCGAGUUGUUGCAGCAUCCGUUUUUCAAACUCUGCGAACCGCUGCGCACGCUCGCGCCGCUUAUCAAAGCUGCACGGGAGAUCGCUAAAAACAAGUGAUCCCCCCCUUCUUUCCUUUUAUUCCGUUUCAUUUCAUGUCUGUCUACCCAUAAAGCGAGACACACCUGAACACUCUAUUCUCGCUCAUGCCGAAACAUCUACCUCUUGCAUCUACCCGUCACGCGGUCGCUGAAUACCAACCCCGUAUACCGAGUUUUGUAAUACAUGCAUCCCCGAAUCGUACAACCAUCAUGUCGUAUCCAACAGCCAUAUCAUCCCAUUGUAGACGAAAAGUGCGCGUUUGUGCGAGAAUUUUAUUUGUUUGCUUGUUUGUGUUACUUGACUUGAUUUGAUUGUUGUUGUUUUGAUUGAUGUAAUCUCAUGUCGUUUUUCCGUU